CAAAACUGACUUGAGUCUUGUAUUUUGCUUUCAUCAGAACGCGUGCUCUAGCAAUCCUUGUGUUAAUGAAAGGACCUGUCUGAAUGGAUUUACUGACAAGAAAUACCAUUGCGUGUGUCCAGCUUACCUUACUGGAGAAAACUGCGAAAUAGCGUUAUUUCAGACCUGCAGGGAGCUGUAUGGCAACUGUAAAUGGUGUAAAAGGAACAAAGCUUAUUCCCUGAAGCUGGGAUCUGCAACAGUUCCUGUCUAUUGUCACAUGACUGAUGAUGACCUUGGCUCAUGCGGAGGUGGUGGAUGGACGCUGGUCAUGAAGAUCGAUGGUAACAAGAGAACUUUCCAUUACAGUUCCAGUCUUUGGGUGAACCAAGAAUCAUUCAACGUUUCUGAGGGAGAGACUGGGCUUGACUUACAAGAGACUAAGCUGCCGACCUACUGGAACACACCCUUCUCCAAGAUCUGCCUUGGUAUGAAGAUCGGCCGUCAGAUCAACCUCAUUGUCAUCAACAAGCAGGCCAACUCUCUGUACUCACUGAUCGCUGACGGCCAAUACCGCAACACCCCACUAGGCCGUAAUACGUGGAAGAAGCUGAUUGGUUCACAGGCCUCCUUACAUUUGAACUGUAACAGGGAAGGGUUCAAUGUUGUUUCUGACACUGAUUGGAUGUCAAAAGCAAGAAUCGGUUUGCUUGGUGACGAUAAUCCCAACUGCUACAAAAGUAAAUCUAGAAUCGGGUUCGGUACAAGAGGAUAUCCACAUGACGAUGUUACCUGUGGAAACACAGCUAUCAACGGACCAGAUAAUGGAGACAAACGCAUCGAAGCAAUGGGAUACAUUUUGGUGCAGUGAUAAGGAACUGAUAAAUUGAACUUGAUUUUUUGUCUUUGUUGCUGUAGUCGAUUAGAGUCGACGUUGAAAGGUAAUACCUUAGUUAUACGUGACGAAAAAAAUAGGUAUUUAACACAAGCAGAAAUUUUUUAGCUUAAGAGGAUCUUGUUACCGGCCUGAGAAGCAAGUAUUCCUAUAGCUCAGGAUGACAUAAUAAGCAAUUAAUUAAUCAAUACUGAAGGAAAUUAAACUUGUUACAAAAGAAGUAAGAAAUGUUUUACCGUUAGUGUUACUUACAUGUAGUAACAGCUUAACUUAAAGAACCGCUUUGCUUAAUUUUAUUUAUCUAUUUUAUUGUUUAUUUUGGACUGCUGUAUAUAAUCAUACAACUGCGGUGGUAUUGAAGUGGUAAUUUAAUUAACGUGUAUAGAAGGGAGUAAAGUUUGUGAUAUCAAUAAAGGGUUGUCAUCUCA